CGCCCCCACAUAGCUUGCACGUCGCGGAAAAAAAACCCCCAGCAGCAUCGGCGGCCGUUGGGGAAGAGAGUAAAUAGAGGGAGAAGCCUCAAGAUGGCUGACUCGCAGGGCUCUGUUCACCUCUCCGGAGCUCCGGGUGUUACUGCUUCUCCUUCCGCUGGCGGAGCUUCGGUCAAAAACGGACUCGGUAAGGCAGCCGAGUCGAAGGGAGCCGCUGACAGCCGCCCGCAGUGUUCCGGAGAUUUUAGCCCACCGCCAUCCAAGAAGGUCCGAGUCGAGGAGAGGAGCGUUAAACCCAAGAAAGUCAGCAAGGACGGCGGUGAUGGAAGCAACGGCAGCGGGAAAAAGAAAACCCAGCAGCUCACCAAGCAGCAGAACCGUAGCAGUGGCAGCGCGGGCUUAUGGAGCUUCAGCCCGGUUAAGACGAGCGGCAGCAAGCCUCCGGUGCCUGCUACCGACGGAUCCCAGCCACUCAAAGUCUUUAAACAGAACGAUUUCUUCCUCCACAAGGCGCCUUCCUCGAAAACCAAGUGUAAAGAUAAACAGAAGGAGGAGAGAGAAAAAAGGAAAGGAGGCGGGGAGGACAAAAAGAAACAUAAACUGUUGGUGACCUCCGGAGUUGGGAAUAAUGUUACUAACAGCAACGACAUUAAAGGGUUUAACAACGUUUCUGCGGCGAAGAGAGAAAAUGGAGAUGUCCUGUUACCAUCUAAAGAAAACCCCAACAAGGACAAGAUGAAGGCACGCGAACAGAAGAAGGUGAAAGAACGAGAGAAGGAGAAGAAAAAGCACAAAGUGAUGAAUGAGAUCAAGAGAGAGAACGGCGAAGUCAAGCAGCCGAUUAAAGAAGAAAACGAGAAAGCGAAGAUCAAGUUGGAGGAGCUGCAAAUCAAAAAAGUGAAGAAGAAAAAGAAGAAGAAACACAAAGACGGGGAGAAGCACAAGAGAGUGAAGAUGUACCACCGCUCCUGCCAAACCAUCUGCGCCGGCCUGCUUCUCCUACCACCUCCUCCCUCCUCAUCCGCCAACUCCUUCUCCUCCUCUGAGCAAACAAACAACUCUUCUGCAUCGCCCUUCAAGUCUCCUCCACCAGUUUACCUGACGUCCAACAACAAAAACUCCAAUCUCAAGCCCUCUUCUCCUCCUCCUGCCUCCAAGUCGCUGUUCAACUCUUCCAACUCAAAGCUCCCCUUUUCUACAAAACACAACUCGCAGAGCAUCCAUCCUGGAAUGGCAGGCCUCGAGUUUGCACCCUACAUUUACAUCGAAAACCAGCCGAAUGGAGGGGCUCUGGUAGCUCAUGCGUAUGCAUCUCAGCUCUCCUCUCUCUCUGUGGACCAGAGGCAGAGAUUUGCCCAGGAGUUUGUCACGUUAUCGUUCAGCGAGGACCAGUCCAAGGCAGCUCAUUACGUCAUGGGAAUUGUUCACGGAGAAGCCAAGAACCUUCCCGACUUCUUGGAUUACUUUUCAACCAAGUUCCCAUCGGCUCCUGUCAAAAUGGAAAUACUCGGAAAGAAGGACAUAGAAACAACCAGUAUGGCUAAUUUCUACUCUCAGGUGAAGAGAACUUACAGCCACGGUACGUACAGAGCCGGAGCGAUGAGACAGAUCAGUCUGGUGGGAGCCGUGGAUGAAGAGGUCGGGGAUUAUUUCCCAGAGUUCCUCAGCUUGCUGGAGGAGUCCCCCUUCCUGAAGCGGACUCUUCCAUGGGGAACGCUUUCCAGCCUCAGAAACAUGAGUCCAACAAAGAGCGACGACGGUCCAAUAAUGUGGGUCAGACCAGGAGAACAGAUGAUACCUGUAGCCGAUAUACCAAAGUCUCCUUUUAAAAGAAAGCGCUCCACUAACGAGGUAAAGAAUCUGCUCCAGUCGAUGCCCCGGACCAGUGAGCCCAGAGAGGUUCUGUUCGAGGACCGGACCCGCGCCCACGCCGACCACAUCGGCCAGGGCUUCGAGCGCCAGACCACGGCGGCCGUGGGAGUGCUGAAGGCUGUCUGCACUGUAGAAAGGUCGGCGCAGCCUCAUGUAACCAAAGACGUUGUUUGUUUCCAUGCUGGGGAUUUCCCUUACGUCGUUCAGAGGCUGCAGUUGGACUUGUACGAACCGCCGCUGUCUCAGUGCGUCCAGUGGGUAGACGAUGCCAAAUUGAACCAGCUUCGGAGGGAGGGCAUCCGCUACGCCCGCAUCCAGCUCUGCCACGACGACAUCUACUUUAUCCCCCGCAACGUGGUCCACCAGUUCAAGACGGUGUCGGCCGUCUGCAGCCUGGCGUGGCACGUACGCCUGCAGCAGUACCACCAGGAGGAGGAAGAAGAGGAGGAGGAGAAGGCUCGGCUGAAGGAGGAGGAGACAACGAUGGCUGAGGAGCAGGGUGGAGAGAAGAAGGAGAGGAUAAAGGAGGAAGAGGAGGAGGUGGAUGUGGCAGAAAAACAGCCGUUGCUCACUGAUAAAAAGGAAGAAGGCGAUGAUCGUCUUCUGUCGUAUCAACCCUCAAAUGACAUCUCGGAUGCCAGCAGAGACGGAGAGGAGGCGAUGCGAAGGAAAGAAGAACCUCACUGGGUUUCUCCUCCUGAAAAGGCGACGAAAGAAGCUCCAGCUACUCCUCCCUGCAAGAAUAAAUCACCCUCUCCUCUUCAUCGUCCUCCCCCUGCUUCUCCUCAUAAGGAUGUGAAAUCCAAAGCCUCAGCUAAACCUCACCUCUACAGUCACCCUGACAUCAGGACGGCGUCUUCCUCCUUGCCUCAGAAACCCUCCGGUUGCUCCAAGUCUUCCGCCCACGUGCCAUCCACCCCUCCACCGGGAGCCGCCUUCACUUCCUCGCACACUGUGUCUUCUACCUCCCCGUCUCCGUCGGUUUCCUCUUCCGCUCUGACGAGUCCCACGUCUGCAGCAGAGGCUCUCGUGAAAACUCUUCCUCCUUCCAGUGUCUCCUCGUCCCUCCAGCUGCCUUCGUCUUCCCAAACGGAGCAACUCGACGAUUCCCGCACGAAGGACUCCGCCCGGACGCCGGCACUGUCUGACUUCAGGACGCCGUCAGAGGGGAGACCUGCGGCGGAUACACAGAGUCGCUCCGCCCCGGCAGAGCGCUGGAACCGCCCGGCGGCGGACACACGGACACAAACCGCCUCCGAUUCGGAGACGAGGACUCGCGGCUCAGAUUCAGACUCCAGGACUUGUGUCGAUGUGCAGCAGCAUCUGGCGCCAGAUGUGACACGGCGAGGGGUGUACAUGCAGCAGUACCUUCCACAGAUGAUCUCCCCUCCUUUCCCACCUCUCCUCCCCCCCCACUCCCACCUUCAGCCUCAUGUCCUUCCCCAGACGCCCGUCUCCAGUCCUCAUGAGCAGCGCCCAAUGAACUCCUUCCUCAGUCAGGCGGCGCCGCCCCAUUCGGUUCAGCUGGGCCACCUGCACCCCCGCCACCCGUCCAGCCUCACCACACAGGCUCAGCCUUACUUCAUGGGCCCUCCCUCCUCCUCCCCAUCUCAGCCAAACGCCCCCCUCACCAGCUCCCAGUCGCUCUCGCCUCAUUUCUCCUACCACCACCAGUUCGCCAAACCCUUCUUCCCUCCCCAGCACCCCGGCUUCCCCUCUCACCCCUUCCUCCCUCAUCAGUCCUUCCUCCCGCAGCCGCCCGCUUCUUACCCUCUGCAGCCACAGUAUCAAACCUCAGCACCGGUGCAGCCCCAGCUGCUUCUGUCGCAGUCGUUUACCUCUCCUCAUGCCCCGCCUCCCCCGUCCUCCACGCCGCUGCCGCCGCUCCCUCCCCCUUUCCUGCCGCCUCCCCCCUUGCCUCAGCCCUCCCCUUCCAGCUUCCCCACUCCCCCCGAGGCAUGACGACGAGCAGAAACAGAUUUUGUGGGCGUAUUUGUAUAUACCGAUGGUAAAUUUAAAUAACUGUACAUGUAGGAGGCUUUGUUUUGGUUGUGCUGUUGUAAAGCUGUAAAAAGGAAGUGAGGUGGGAGGAAGUAAAGUUUUUUUUUUGUUAAUGAGCAGAGUGAGACUAAAACAUGAUGCCUUUCAUGAGGAUUUGUACUCUUAAUUUCUCAUUUUGUAACCGUACAACAAUAAACUUCAGUGCAUCUUACCAGGAUUUUAUAGGAUGGACCAGCAGGAAGAUGUUUAUAAUCUUGAAAUGGAAGAAAAAUGCUACACAAUUUUAAAACUUUUAAGACUACCUUUAGCUGCAAUUACAGCUGGAAGGCUUUUGGAGUUUGUUUAUGAAGAAAAGUAUUCCCACAUCAUGUUGCUUCCUCCACCGUGUCCUGCAGUGGAGGGCGAGGAGUUCAUCCCUCUCGUUUUGUUUGGUAGUUUUGUUCUAAUAUGGGAGUCUGCAACUUUUACAAAGAGCCACUUUUGCCCUCAGUCCUACUUUAAUUUCAUUCUGUUGUGGAAAUGAAAUACAAUUAUUCCAGAAUGAAACUGAAAAACAGCUAAAACUUGCAUUUAAAAAAAAAAAUCAUUUUUAGUCAAAUAGUCAGUUGUGGCUUCGGAGCCAACGGUUGCAGACAAAACCCUUUAAGGACAUAUUUUCUUCCCUUUUCGCAAUCAUGCACUACUUUGUGUUUUUAAAAACAAAUCUUUAAAGUCACAGUAGAAUGCACUGAGGUUUAUGAGUCUAACGUAAGAAAACGUCUCACUCUGUGGGUGCAAAUCCUCAUGAAAGGCAUUGUUUAAACCCGCCGCACUAAACUGGCUCAGAUUUUACUGAGGCUUGAAGUAUAAAACUGUUUCACAUUUCAUUUCAUUUGCAGGAAGCUGUUGCUUUUAGAAAGUGAAGGGUGAACCCAUGUUUUUAACCCCGAAUGAUGCAAGGUCAUGGUUCAAACGAGGCCCCUGGUGUGCAGGUGUGUUGUCCGGCUCUGUUUUCAUCCUUCCGGAGCCAACAGAGCCCACCAUCAGUCAUAGGAAGAAAACUUAUUUAUUUAAAAGAGCUUUUUAAACUGUUUUUUAUUGAAACUUGCAGCUAAUGCUUCCAUUUUCAGGGGGUUUAUUUAAUUCAGUUGUGUAUUGAUGCAAUACUGCAUCAUUUCGUCCUCUGUAUUUAUCGGUAUAAGUCGACACGGAUACUGGCUGGACUUUUCCACCAUGUUGUGUUUAGAGCAAUAACCCGCUAAAUAUCAAACAAACCUGUGUCUGUCGUUUUACUCAUGUUUUUAAGUGGACAAUGGAACAUAAUAAUGAGGAGUGCAAUUAAUAGAUGUUUCUAAACUUUUCAAGCGUUUCAUUGGUUCAAAAAGGAAUGUUAUCUACUCAACUGGAGGCUCCGUGUGAAUUGUAAAGUCGGACCGUUUGCCUUCAGUGGCAGAGCUAAUGUCAUUUUUAAUGUCUUCUGGCUGUUUAGAUGAGUUUUGGUUGAGGAGUGUGUUCAACCGCAGCCGAGACGGUCUCAGGAAAACACUUCCAUCAAAAGAGAAAAACAGAGAAACGCUCACUUUAAUGGUUUUCCUGCUGGGUUUCUAGUUUCACGCAGUCGAUUCGUAAACGUUUUGACUGAUGUUUCUGCAGAUUUGAAGCUCCUGUUGAACAUUCAGACUUCUGGAUACUAGAAAACUGAAUUCAGAAAGCAAUACAAAGACGUAGGAGGUCAAACCCAGGCACGGGCCGGUUAACAGAGUGGAACCGAGGAUUAAACGGCUGCAUUAAAACUCACCGUUAUUGUGUUUCUAUGGUUUUAAGUCAUUUCUUUUCUGGCUGUAUGGAACAUAGAGUUAUACAUUGCUGCCCCCUCCGACACCUGUUGCUGCACACUUAUAAGGCAAACACCUUUCUCCAGGAAAUUAUUUGCAAUUACAAAAUAAACAAAACUGAAGAAAAGAAAUUACAAAGUUUUUCAGAUUUGAUUUUUCUGUCUAAGUGUUAAAGUAAAUGCCAAAUUUAUAUGAAGGUUUGAUUUUAGCUGUAAUAAUCAACAUGAUGUUUUUGAGGCAGUAGGAAUAAUCGUUGCCGACCCGUGCCUGGUGAACAGUUCUCAUGUGUGCAUCACUUACUUACUAAACACAUUUAUUUCCUUCUGCUUGCAAACGGAUAUUUCUGAUGAAGUGUUGGAUUCUUAUGAAUUAACGGAUAUUUCAGGUUCUUCCCAGACUGACAUGUAAAAUGUAUUCAGUCCUUCGUUUUAUAUUUUUUGACACUUUAUCAGUCUGGAGCUCAUCCCCAAAGCAUUAUUUGUCGGUUUACCGGUCUACUUUUGCCAGUAUUCAGAUUUUUAUUGAUCAGGCAGAGACUGAAGGGACCUGGGUGCGGCCUACAUCUGCGGACGUUGAAACAAUGACAGCAACUGUUUUUUUUGUCACCAGUGUUUUUUUCUUAAAUUAUUUUCACUGUCUAUAUUAGAGUACAGCCCUCUUGCUAAUGUAGCCCUCAACAUUUCCCCAGUGCCUGUCAUUAACUGUGAACUCCUCAGUGGUCCAGAGGCGCUCAGUGCAGGGAGUUUCUUCCUUUUAUGAGUCGCAGUUGAAGUUCUCUCUGAAGUGCGAGAGCACCGCCUUAAAUUGGGUUCCCACAUCAGCUGAAAAGCCUCUAAAUAUCUAUGUUUCAAAUAGGGAAGACUUAAAAGGUUGCUACCCUCAAAGAAGGGUUUGAAUUGUUCCUCUUAAGUCUCACCACAAGCCUGCGAAAUCCAGAUAAAUGUAAGAAUGGCGCCUUAGCUUUUUUUUUUUCUUUCCUGCCUCAGACGACCCAAUUUGGGCGACCUUACUCUGGAGAGAUAAAGGCGAUAACGAAGCACUUGAUCAACAGUCGUAAGGCCCUCUGCAACUCGUUUUGUGCUUUUUGGGUUUAAAUGUUACAGAAACAUGACAGGAACUUUUUUUAUUUUAUUUUUUUGUACAAUUGUAACACCACCUUUGGUUGAAAACAGAUGUCCUCAGGGGCUAGCAUUGUUUUCACAGGAUUUAUUUAUAUCAACGUUUUUUUGUCUGGUUUUUUUUUUUGUUUUGUUUUUUUGUUGUCAUUUUAGUUAUUUCAGCUGUCAGCACUGUAGUGUACAUAAGAGGUUUUUGUAAAGAGGAAAAAAACUUGUAGUGUGAUUUCUACUUUAAAUAUGAACCUAACUAAUAAAAGGUUCAAAGUAUAAAAACCGUUUGUACGUUUCUGUUCUCUCGUUUGCAAUCCUCAAUUUUAAGACAAUUUAAAAAGAAAAAAAGGAUCAAAUUCUUAUCCAAUUAAGUCGUAUUUCAGUUAAAAUCGUAACAAAAUGAUGCAUUUAGUCUGAUUACAGGAGCAAAGUAAUCAGAGUAAAUGACAUAUUUAUCUUCUUGGGCUUGCACACCCAGACAAAAGGCUGGAUGUAGCUAUAUGCUAAUACCAUAGACCUGCCAGCGUCACUGGAAUGUGAUAUAAAAGCUAAAUGCAAAAGACCUACUGAUAGUAGAAGACCUUAAACACAUAUCAGCGUUCUCUGUUAAUGAGAUUAUGUUAAUAAAAAUAAAGUUCACAUAAAACUCCACAAACCAGCUGGUAUCAGUUCACACACAGCUAAUAAACAGUGAAUGACUAAUGUGAGUUUAGAACAAGUGAUCACAAAUAGUCCAGUUCUAAGAGAAAUAACAUUUUUACUCUCUGUGGGACACAAAUGCAGUUAACAGGUCUGUUGUUGGCUUUGUUCAGGAAAGAGAAUAAAACCCUCAAUAACUCAACCAGGCAGAAAUAAAAACGAAAGUACUGAAAAUGAAUGGCAGCAGCAGAUCAUAUUUGUAGAAGAUACAUAACAAGCAACUUAACACUUUAGCAAAAAAAAAAUGUUCAAUACAAAUAGAUUUUUUUCAAUGCAUGUCUGCUUUGUGGUUAUUUUUCUCCUGUUUACUGCCUCUAUGUUUUUUACAGCUGUUAUGCAACCACCCACCACCAGCAGUCUGCAUCACAAAGACCACCACUGUGAUUCAGGCAGGCAACACACACACACACACACACACACACACACACACACACACACACACACACACUCAUGCUGUGGCUACAUAAUUCAGUGCUGGUUUGCUUUGGCUCAAAUUCACCACAAAACUAAAUUUUCUCCCUUCUUCUCAGAUUUCUGCUGAGAAUCAUUUCCUGCUGCAGUUAUUAUCUUUCUGUCGACUUAUGAAUGUUUAAGUGUUGUGUAAUAUUGGAGAAAACUUUUGCAUGUUUUCUCAUCUGGCUGCACGUCAGAUGAGCUGAAGUUUCCUUUAAAGGGCAGCCACUCUUGGCGGUGUGCCUCCUCCUCCUCAGACUAUUUCAGAUUGUGUCUUGUUUAGCUUUAUCAUCUCCUAAUAAGUGAGCCUCCUACAUUUGUAAAUUCUUAAGUAUGAAUAUGAACUGUAACCAAAACAAAAAACACGCAGUGUAAUAGAAAUCAGUCAUUUAUUAAUUACAUCACAUGCAUACAGUCUUAAAC